AUGGGUGUCGCUAGAAAGCGUCGGAGAGGAGGGGCUCCACCAGAUGGGUGUUGCUGGGAAGCGCUGGACGGUGUCAGAGAUGGUAUUGAAGUAUUGAAGAAGAAACUGAUUGAAAGGAAGAAAGAAAUAUUAGAUAUGAAGGAGAAGACUAAAGAAAAUGGUGUGAAGAAGAAUGUAACUGAAGAGAGUUCAUCAUCAAGAAAGCCAAGUUUUCACCCUGAUGAACAUCAGUGUAGCUCUUACAAUGACAACUCUUAUGUUGAUAAACUUCAUGCUGAGAAACCACAAGCUGCUCAUACUCGAAAAGCUUCAUCACACGCUGAAAAAUCAAAUCAUGCAGAUAAGUUUGUUCAAGCUAACAAGACUUUUGGCACUGUCAAAUUAAUCAUAUGA